AUGACCCCACAAAGGAGUGGAACCUCUUCUUCAUUCCCGGCUCGUACGUUCGGCCCCUUCGCUCACCCUUUCUCACAUUCCUCACCUUCCAUUCUCACCCAGGACUGGAACGUCUUCUUCAUCCCUGGCUCGUAUGCGUUCCUCCUUUUGCUCACGCUUUCUCACAUUCCUCACCUUUUCUCACCCUUCUCCAUCGUGCCUUUCUGUCUCACCGUUCCUAAAACCAUCCCACCUCGCUCCCCUGCCAAACAUCCUCCCUCCCAUCAUCCGAAUCCCCCUCCCUCCUCCCCCAUCAACGUUGGAAUCAACUCGAAUCCCUACUGGAGGGCGCCUCUUCUUUUGAGUCGGCUCAAGAGCAUCCCACCUCUCUCCCCUGCCAACAUCCCCUCCCUCCAUCCUCACUCCCUCCAUCCUCACUCCCUCCAUCCUCACUCCCUCCAUCCUCACUCCCUCCGUCCUCACUCCCUCCGUCCUCACUCCCUCCGUCCUCACUCCCUCCGUCCUCACUCCCUCCGUCCUCACCCUCUCCGUCCUCACUCACUCCGUCCUCACUCCCUCCCUCCGUCCUCACUCCCUCCCUCCGUCCUCACUCCCUCCGUCCUCACCCCCCCUCCCUCCUCCCCCAGCAAUGACGGAAUCAGCUCGAAUCCCGACUGGAGGGCCCCCCUUCACUACCAGACAAAUCGGCUCACCACUCUCUUGGACUACCCUCAAGUCGGCACUGAUGCCUAUGGUAUGUGCACUCAUGCCUUUGUUUGUGCUUUCUUGCCUAUGUCGUGCAUGCCCAUGCCAUGUGCACUCAUGCCCAUGCCACGUGCACUCAUGCCCAUGCCACGUGCACUCAUGCCCAUGCCAUGUGCACUCAUGCCCAUGCCACGUGCACUCAUGCUCAUGCCACGUGCACUCAUGCCCAUGCCACGUGCACUCAUGCCCAUGCCACGUGCACUCAUGCCCAUGCCACGUGCACUCAUUCCCAUGCCACGUGCACUCAUGCCCAUGCCACGUGCACUCAUGCCCAUGCCAUGUGCCAGUUUAAUGCUUGAGGCUGCAAUCUCCAAGGCCCAGCUUCAAACCCCUCAGAACACAACCAUUCUUCGCUUCGCCGUGCCACAAUCACUGGCCCUCAGCAACCCAGCAUUAACCAUCUACCCUCAGAAGGUCGCAGCCGAUGGGGACUACGACUAUCGCCACGGCGGCACCAUGUAUUUCGGCUGGACGGGAUUCAACCCCAACCGACCUUCCCCACAGGAAUUCUUUGUUGUAUACAACUUCACCACAGUGGGAGCCUUUGCUAUAACGGGUACAAGUGCUCUGGGGACCCCUGAAGCCGAGAGUAUGGUGAAGCCACACUGUGCCGCCGUCAGCACUCCCCCGUACUUCAAAAUAAAUGAUGUUCAGCAAAAGAACGGACCCGUGCCAAUCGCUUGGAGACUCAACACCACCAUCCGUGCUAUCAGCCCUACAGCUUCUACCGUCCGUGCAGUUGUGGUGUUUCCGGAGAGCAGGCAGAUGUGGCUGUCGUUUAUGUCGGCCUUUGGCAAGGACAUGAUUGCCUCUGCCGUGGUGGCCAGGCUUCGCUUGUCUCUGAGGCUCAAGCGCAAGUGGAGGCCGUUUCGGGUGUUUCUGGAGCGGUUCAAAGUGGUGGGGGUGGGCGGAGGGAACAGCCUCAUUCAGCCCACGAUCUCUCUCAACAGUUGGGAGAGAGGGGAGGAGGGGGUGGAUGGAAAAAGGGGGAGGGUGUGGGGGCAAGGCAAGGGCAUCAUAGCAGCAUCGCUGGCAGGGCGUUCCUUCUACCCCUCAGCUGCCUAUGCCACUCUCAACGCCAAUGUGGAUGUUGGCCGCAUCAACGUUGUUGGCCCGGGGAAAGCGCCUCUUGACGACUACUCUGCGUACGAGACUGGGAGGAUGCGGUACGGCGACUACAUGACGGCGACGGUGGACGAGGAGGGCAACGCGUGGGCGGCAGUGCAGUAUGUGGCGGGGCAGCCGCGCACCGAGUGGAGCAACUGGGCUACCUUCGUGUUCAAAGUCGACCUGCAGGGGGGGGAGGGGAACGGGGGGAACGGGGGGAGUGGGAAUUAUGGGGGGAGUCGGGAUAAUGGGGGGGGUGAGGGGGAUGGGGAGAACGGGAAGAAUUAA